AUGUCGCCAUUAGCGGCCAACAGGGUCACCCUCCAGGAGCUGGCCGACCUGGCGAUCGGCACUCCAGAGGUGGGAGCGGUGAACUUCACGGCCCUGCAUACCCUGAUAGUGGCCAUACUCAAGAGCCUCAACCUCCAACAGGUAGUGAUUGACUUCCACAACCCGUCGGCAACUGAGCCUGGCCACUCAGCUGAGUUGAUCCGAGAUGCCAUCAGCACCACACAAGUGUCAAGCAGCAAAGAGAAGCGCCGGAGUGUGACCAAACAGUCAUCUCAGCAGACCCUGGAGAUCCAGGUGAAGGACCUGGGCAGCCAGGUCCUGGACCUCAGCAAGCAGCUUAAGAAUAUGGACAACAAAGUACAGGGCAUUGCCACGCACGUGGAACACAUCUCCACAGGCACUGACCUCUUCCAGGAGUUCCCCAAGACGGAAGAGGAGAUGGCUCUGCUGGCCCCACAUUAUAUAUCCCCACAUAUAUCCCCAAAGACAUCUCUGACAAAGCCCACAAAUACCUUCGAAUCCACGGAGAUGGUGGACAAGUCUGAGUCCACAGUGGGGAUGCCCCCUGGGACAGAACCAAAGGAAGAUACCAGCCCAGCUAAGUUCUCGAGUGUGCUCCAAGACCUCAUAGAAGACAUGAAGGUUCUGAAAGAAGCCCACCAGACGAUGCAGGAGUCACCUGAGCUGACCGUCCAGUGGCCCAUUCCCAAACUCUGCUUCCAGGAACUCCUUCAGCGUGUCAGUGAACUCGAGAAGAUAGUCAAAGACCGAGAAGAAUACCUGGAUCAAUUGAAUCGGAGGCUGAAUCUUGCUCCGGGUACUGAAGAACUCACCAUGGUCACCUGGGAGGAGCUGGAACAAGCAAUCGCUGAUGGCUGGAAGGCUUCAAGAGGGAGCUCAGAUUCAUCGUCGGCAACGCUUGGCAAGCGUAAAAUGACAUUGCCAAUAUCAAGCGACCUUCCAAGUGGACUGUUUCCCAAGAUCCCCGCUGAUGGCCAGGCUCUGGGUUCCGCCGGUGGCCCAGAACAGAUGUUAGCCAGCGGUGUGGAGCGCCCCCCUGAGAGGAUCAUUGGCAGAGACCAGAGCGGAGCCAGAGAUCUGCCCUCACGGGCCCGGGAGCCAUCCCAGGUCACAUCAGAAGCAGAUCGGCAGAGGAUGAGAGAGUCUGCGGCUCCCACAGGCAAAAGAAGAGACAAACAACAGCCUGGCCCAACCCCAAAAGUCGUACCUCCAGUCACAGACCAGCAUGUUGGGGCACCCGCUAGUCAGGACCAAGUCUUACCAAGUCCAGAGGAGCGUAGGAUCGCACCAUUUGGCAUGGAUCAACCUCCAGGGCUCUAUCCUGGCCCUUAUCCUUCAGCUGUGAUACCCCUCACUCUACCUCAGCUGGGUGUAUUACCACCAGAGAUGGAUGACCAGGGAUUGAUGCCUCUCGCUAUGGAUGAGAGUGGUGUACUGCCACGGUCGGUACCUGACAGGGGUCAACAAAGACUGGAAAAAGCUAGUACAACUCAGCUUGCUGCAGUUCCACUCAGCAUGUAUCAACAAGCCGUGAUCCUUCCUAGAACAGACCAACAUGGCAUGGAACAGGCUGUCACGUAUGACAGUGGUGUGGGACCAUGGGACACGAGUAGACAAGGGUUGAUACCAGUUGGCAUAAAUCAGCAUGGAUUUGUAAUGUUAAGCACAAAUCAGCAAGGACUAAUCACCCCUGGUGUGGAUCAGCAGGGAUUGGUAAUACCUGGCAUAGAUCAGCGUGCAUUCCCUCCAUCUCUUCCAGAUCAAUAUGGCUUGAUGUCACCUAGUUUGAUGCAAGUUAGUACAGAUCGACAAGGCUUUGGACAGCCCAGCUUAGCAGCACCAGGCUUCGCACAACCUGGAGCAGAUCAGCGUGGCUUGGUGCAGCCCGGUGUAGACCAGCGAGGCUUGGUGCAGCCCGGUGUAGACCAGCGAGGCUUGGUGCAGCCCGGUGUAGACCAGCGUGGCUUGGUGCAGCCCGGUGUAGACCAGCGUGGCUUGGUGCAGCCCGGUGUAGACCAGCGAGGCUUGGUGCAGCCCGGUGUAGAUCAGCGUGGCUUGGUGCAGCCCGGUGUAGACCAGCGAGGCUUGGUGCAGCCCGGUGUAGACCAGCGAGGCUUGGUGCAACCUGGAGCAGAUCAGCGUGGCUUGGUGCAGCCCGGUGUCGACCAGCGAGGCUUGGUGCAGCCCGGUGUCGAUCAGCAUGGCUUGGUGCAGCCCGGUGUAGACCAGCGAGGCUUGGUGCAGCCCGGUGUAGACCAGCGAGGCUUGGUGCAGCCCGGUGUAGAUCAGCGAGGCUUGGUGCAGCCCGGUGUAGACCAGCGAGGCUUGGUGCAGCCCGGUGUAGAUCAGCAUGGCUUGGUGCAGCCCGGUGUUGACCAGCGUGGCUUGGUGCAGCCCGGAGUAGAUCAGCGUGGCGUUGUGCAGCCCGGUGUAGAUCAGCGUGGCUUGGUGCAGCCCGGUGUAGAUCAGCGUGGCUUGGUGCAGCCCGGUGUAGAUCAGCGAGGCUUGGUGCAGCCCGGUGUAGACCAGCGAGGCUUGGUGCAGCCCGGUGUCGACCAGCGUGGCUUGGUGCAGCCCGGUGUAGAUCAGCGUGGCUUGGUGCAGCCCGGUGUAGAUCAGCGAGGCUUGGUGCAGCCCGGUGUCGACCAGCGUGGCUUGGUGCAGCCCGGUGUAGAUCAGCGUGGCUUGGUGCAGCCCGGUGUAGAUCAGCGAGGCUUGGUGCAGCCCGGUGUCGACCAGCGUGGCUUGGUGCAGCCCGGUGUAGAUCAGCGUGGCUUGGUGCAGCCCGGUGUAGAUCAGCGUGGCUUGGUGCAGCCCGGUGUAGACCCGCGUCCUAGCUUGAUUCAGCCUGGUGUAUAUCCACCUGAUUUGACACAACUUGGCGUAGGACAAGGUUUAGUGCAACCUGGCACAGGUCAGCCUGUUUGGGUUCAACCGAGCACAGAUCAGCCUAGGUGGGUACAGGCUGGUUCAUUUCCGCUUGGUUUGGUACAACCUAGUGUAGAACAGCAUGGUUUGGCACAACUUGGAAUGGGUCAGCAGGGAUUGGUACAACCAGGUGCUUAUGCCCCUGGGUUGAUGCAACCUGGUAUAAUUCAGGAUAGUUUGCAACUCUCCUCAGGCAGUGAGGUCCACAGCGAGCGGAAGGAGUCACUGGAGAAAUUGGCCCCAAGUUUCCCCAUGGCAGUGGAAACAUUCCGCCUGAUGGGCGAGAUUGUUAGCCUUUAUACAGAACUGAAAGAGCACAUGAAGGAUUUGGAUGAGGACCUCUCUGGCCAGUCAGACUUUGAGAAAGUCCAGUACCUCCUCUCCAGGAUGGUCAAAAAGAUCAUACCUCAGGACCUGCAGGAGCAGAUGAAGAGCCUGAAGACCUUGACCAAGGAAGUGCGGAAGGACAAGGACAGACUGGAGAAGAUACAGAGGCUGAUAGAUGGCGACAGCUCUUCAGAGAAGGAAAUGAAGCCCAAUCAGCUGACUUUGCAGCUGGGCAUCCUCAGGGUCACAGUCUCCGAUAUCGAGAAGGAGCUGUCUGAGCUGAGGGAGAGCCAAGAGCGAGGCAAGGCCGCCAUGGAGAAUUCAGUCUCUGAAGCCUCCCUCUACCUGCAGGAUCAGCUGGACAAGCUCAGGACCAUCAUUGAGAGCAUGCUGAGCUCCUCCUCCACGCUGCUGUCCCUGAGCAUAACCCCGCACAAGUCCACCAACACCCUGGUGCCCGGCCAGAUCGACCCUGAGGCCACCUGCCCAGCCUGCAGUCUGGAUGUGGGCCACCAAGUCAGCCUGCUGGUCCAGCGCUAUGAGCAGCUGCAGGACAUGGUCAGCGGCCUGGCUGCCUCGAGGCCCUCCAAGAAGGCCAAGCUGCAGAGCCAGGAUGAGGAGCUGCUGGGUCACGUGCAGAGCGCCAUCCUGCAAGUCCAGGGCGACUGCGAGAAGCUCAACAUCACUACCAGCAACCUCAUUGAGGACCAUCGGCAGAAGCAGAAAGACAUUGAAGUGCUGUACCAGGGCCUAGAGAGGCUGGAGAAGGAAAAGGCUGACCGAGAUCACCUGGAGUUGGAGAUCGAUGUAAAAGCAGACAAGAGCGCUCUGGCGUCCAAAGUGAGCCGGAUCCAAUUUGACGCCACCACCGAGCAGCUGAACCACAUGAUGCAGGAACUGGUGGCCAAGAUGAGCGGACAGGAGCAGGACUGGCAGAAACUUCUGGACAAGCUCCUGGCGGAGAUGGACAGCAAGCUGGACCGCCUGGAGCUGGACCCACUGAAGCAGAUGCUGGAGGACCGCUGGAAAUCGCUGCGGCAGCAGCUCAAAGAGCGCUCUCCACUCUACCAGGCAGACGAGGCAGCUGCCAUGCGCAGGCAGCUCUUGGCUCAUUUCCACUGCCUGUCCUGCGACCGUCCCCUGGAGACAUCGGUGACUGGACAAGUCCUCUCUAUGACCCCUGUAGUUCCCAGCAUGCCAGGGCACCGUUCUAUCCGGCCUUAUACUGUAUUUGAGCUAGAGCAGGUCCGACAGCAGAGCCGCAACCUGAAAUUGGGCGGCAGCUUCUCUCGGGGCGAUCUGUCCCAGAUGGAGCGGAGUGUGGGGCGCUUGCGCAGCAUGCACUCCAAGAUGCUGAUGGACAUCGAGAAGGUGCAGAUCCACUUCGGAGGCUCCGUGAAGGCCAGCAGCCAGAUGAUCCGAGAGCUGAUGCACGCUCAAUGCCUCAGCCACCCAUGCUACAAACGGGGGGUAGAUACGGCAGACUAUACCUACUCCACGGUGCCCCGGCGCUGUGGGGGCAGCCACACCCUCACCUACCCUUACCGCCGAAACCGCCUGCAGCACCUGUCUCCGCUGGAGGAGAUCCAGAUUGCCAUGAAGCAUGAUGAGGUUGAUAUCUUGGGCCUUGAUGGACACAUCUACAAGGGACGAAUGGAUACCAGGUUGCCAGGCAUCCUGGGGAAAGAUGGAAUGACAAAGCACAAGUCCAAGCAGCUGCAGCAGCUCCAGCAGUUACAACAGCUGCAGCAGAUGCAGCAGAUGCAGCAGCUUCAGCAGGCUCAGCAGGCCCAGCAUGCCCGGCCCCACGUGCACAGACAGCCUUCCCAGGGCAACAGCGGCCUGCCACCCUCUCGGCCUCAGAGUGCACAUAUGCCGGCUGACAGCAAUUCAGUUCCUUCAGGGCAAAAGAAAGACAGACCCGUCUCCUCUGAGGGGCGUCUCUCCCAGCCGAAUGUGGCCCACGCAUCCAUCCCCACAGAGAUGGCAGGUCUGCAGGGUGGCCCAUCUGGUCUGAAUGUCCACAUGGAUGUACCUCCUAGGGAGGGGAUGGAGGAGCCCACCCGGGGCCCGAGGUCCACCACUGCUCACUAA